AAUGCUGCAAGUGCAUCCUGAAGACAAUCCAGCUCUUGAUUGGAUCUGUAAAGCCUUCAAGUGCUCUCCGGACACUGUGCUCUCCAUGAAAGCAGAAAAUCCAGGAGACAAUGUCCCAAGAGAAUUUUUCUUCAUUGGGGACAGCAGUAAGGAUGUGGAUAGCUGGUACACAGCUUUAUCCAGGGCUACGAAGAAUAACAGAAUUGAGCAACAAACUGAACCUCAGAGCACAACAGAAUCCAACUACAAUGACCAAAGUCCCUCUGACACCGAAGAGAAUGAAGUUGAUAGAAAACCCCCACUGCCCCCAAAGAAGAGGCCAGCAUCUAAACAUAUCCCCACCCAGAACGGUCAGUGUAGCCAAUCUCCCAGAAGCAGCACAUCUGCAACACCGGUAAAUCUGAAAGAAGAGGAACCACUGGAUGAGAAAGUGGAAAUUAAUGAGGACAAGUCAUCAGGGGAAAGCGUGACUGAAAACAGUCUGUUGGACUGUGUCACAAAAGCAAUCAAUGAUAUGAAGAUACUACAAACAUCCACUGAGUCAGAUGGACAAAGUGAGACGCACAACCUUAUCGAGAAGGAAAUCUGCACAAGUCAUCAUGAUACAAACAUCUUGGUUAUUUCAGAGGACGGAAAACCAUGUGUAUCUACAUGCAGGGAGACUGAGAUUGCUCCAAUCCUUUGAAUUCUGAACACUGCUGAGGACAAAAAGAAAAAAAUCUCAUACUGUGCUAUGGUUCUUCUUUGGCUUUUUUUAGGCCUUUCAAUUCUCUUAAAAUCAAUGUGAAUUUUAUUUUUAUUUUUUUCCUCUAUGGGGAAUAGCACUGUGCUGGCAAUCAGUAGUCAAACAGAAUGAGUUAAAAGUGCUGUAAUGUAGUAUGACUUCUAGUCUCUCUUUUGGUGAUUUCUGAAACGCUUCAUUGGCAUUUAUGAUUUGUUAGUGCAAGGUCGUAAACCCUGAAAGUACUGUUUUUCACACAACCCUGAAGGGCAUACAGGCUGUCAACAGUAAAACAAGUAGCUCUUGUUUCCUUGUGUGCACUGAGACUCGCUGAGCUUUUGUGAUUCUAAAAAUCUAUCACAGGAAUGAAAUUCUAUACUUGUCAUUUUGCAAUACUCUGUACAUCAGCAAGGUUGAGGCAAUAGAAAAAUUAAAACAAGUUUUAAUAGAACUUUCCUUUAGCAGUAAAUGAAUGUUAGAUAGGUUGAACAGAUUUUUUUCUGAUCAUCUUAAAAUACCUGUGAAUCUGUGUACGGUCCUGAAAUUGCAUUUAACUGCAGUAUGUUUUGUAGCCACAUGGUGGCAGACUAACACAAACUGAAGUACAUUAACUUGAUCUUAUAUUAUUAUAACCUGAAUUCUGAUUGCUCCUGUUCAGCAUAUAUUCACAUCCAAUUAUGUUUGAUUAUAUUACUUUAGCAAGGAAUGUGUUUUUAUAAACUGAUCACUGAAACCUGUCAGGUUGGUAGGAAAUAAAAAAAAAAAAAUUUACAUUUGAAAUGUGGUUAAGAUAGUAUAAUGUUAUAAAUGCAUGUAAAACUAAAACUAAU